AUGGCGCAGGUUUCGUCCAACGCCCCGAGCCAGUAUAGGCCUCGCAAGAUUGGCGCUCCCAACACCCUCGAGCACCGCAUCUACAUCGAGAAGGAUGGCGUCCCCGUCUCGCCCUUCCACGACAUCCCCCUCUAUGCCAAUGAGCAGCAGACCAUUCUGAACAUGAUCGUAGAGGUCCCCCGCUGGACCAAUGCGAAGAUGGAGAUCAGCAAGGAGGAGCCCCUCAACCCCAUCAAGCAAGACAUCAAGAAGGGAAAGCUCCGCUAUGUCCGCAACUGCUUCCCGCACAAGGGCUACCUCUGGAACUACGGUGCCUUCCCUCAGACGUGGGAAGACCCCAAUGUCGUACACCCCGAGACCAAAGCCAAGGGUGACAACGACCCCCUGGACGUCUGCGAGAUUGGCGAGCUGGUGGCCAAGCCUGGAGAGGUCAUCCAGGUGAAGGUCCUCGGUGUCAUGGCGCUGCUCGACGAGGAGGAGACCGACUGGAAGAUCAUUGUCAUCAAUGUUCAAGACCCGCUGGCUCCCAAGCUCAAUGACAUUGAGGACGUAGAGCGCCACCUGCCUGGCCUGCUGAGGGCUACCAACGAGUGGUUCCGCAUCUACAAGAUCCCUGACGGCAAGCCCGAGAACCAGUUCGCCUUCUCUGGCGAGUGCAAGAACAAGAAGUACGCCACGGACAUUAUCCGCGAGUGCGCCGAGGCUUGGGACAGGCUCAUCACUGGAAAGACUCCCAAGGGAGAUAUCUCUCUUGCCAACGUGAAUGUGCCCAACUCCCCCGACCGUGUCGACCCAAGCCAGUUCAACGUUCCCCCGGGAGAGAACCAGGCGCCGGCUCCCAUUGACCCGUCCAUCGACAAGUGGUUCUUCAUCUCCGGCGCCCCAUCCAACUAA